UCACCGGGACUGGCACUGUGAUGGUCAGUACCCUAUAGAUAGUGCCACGCGUAGUACAUCCUCUCGAUACCAUCCUCGCGUCAGCAUGGUUAUAACAGCAGCUUCAGCGUCACCGUCAGGAAGGUGGUAUCGGUUAGAAGCAUCGGGUAACGUCAGCAAGGCAGCAGCAUCUUCAUCAUCAGGAAGGCGUGGGUCAUCGGCACGCCUCUACCUCCUCCUGCUAGUCUCCGUGGGCGCGGUGCUUCUGCUGGCUCCCACGCCCACAACCGCCAAGACUUUCGACCUUUCGAGUUUUUUAAGUACCGUCAUCUCACAAGUGGCUGAGAAGUCAUUCGCAGAGGGAGAACUGGACCUACUUGAGCACUACUGUUCCUUCCAAGCCAGGCCUCAUAUCUACCAAUGGAAGAUUUAUUACAAGGCUCGUGUCUGGUGCCCUGGUUGGACCCCUAUCGUCGGCAUGUCUCAGCUCCACAGUAGCUCAGUGGCAGCGAGGUUGAAUGCUGCCAAGAACUUCGUCAAGCAAGCACUGGCUGCAGGUCUGGUGACGGAGGAGGAGGCUCUGAACUGGCUCUGAACUUUUGAAUCUCGACAACUACCCACAACUGAACCCUGAAUUUGAACUUUGAUUCUAAACUAGGUGUUCUGAAUCGUGACUGAACUACAACUCACAACAAUGAAAAAACAAUUAAUUUUUAUGUUUUAUCAGUUACAAACCACCUUAAUAAUUACGAUAAACUGUUUAGCCAAAAGGAUAACUAAUAUGAUGAAACUAUUAGAUAAAAUAUAACUACUAGUAAAAUAUAAUGCCUUUCAUUAUAUCAAUAUUAUAAAAGAAUGUUAAUAUGUUGCA